UGGGCGGGCGAUCUACCGUACAAAUAUAGUGGCCAGACGCUCGAUCCGGUACCCGUGCCUGAGGUGUUGCGCCGCCUGCAGACCGCGGUUGAGGCGAAAUGCGGCGCGACGUUCAACCAUAUACUUUUAAAUCGUUAUCGCGAUGGGGACGAUUCCAUGGCGUUUCACGCCGAUGACGAACCCGAACUCGGUAAAAACGCGUGUAUCGCGGCCGUGAGCGUCGGUCACACGAGAAAGUUUGACGUUCAGGUGAAAUCUCGAGCGAAGAAGAAGACAUCAAUCUUUCUCGAGCACGGCUCGCUGAUGGUGAUGGACGGUUCCUUGCAGCACACUCAUUAUCACGCGGUGCCGAAGAAUCGCGUCCCGACGAACGGAAAAGAACGAAUCAAUAUCACGUUUCGA